AACCCCACUUUUCAAAGAUUACCCUCUUUUCUUUAUAUUCGCGCCCUUCAAAUCAAGUUGAGAAACACCAUCAUCAUCAUCAUCAUCAUGGUGAACCUUGUGGCAGCACAGAAGCCCUUAAUGAAUGCUCUAAUGAAGAUGGCAGGGAUAACUCCCUAUACGGUUGAGAUAGAGUCAGGGACAGUGAUGAGUUUCUGGGUCCCUUCAGACACCGUAAAGAAACCAAACAAAAAACACGAAAAACCCCAAAUCAUAUCCCAACCCAAGAAGCCAACUGUGGUGCUGGUGCACGGUUUCGCUGCCGAAGGGAUAGUGACGUGGCAGUUCCAGAUUGGAGCUCUAACAAAGAAAUACUCUGUCUACGUCCCUGACCUUCUUUUCUUCGGAGGCUCCAAAACCAACAAGACGGAGAGGUCACCCACGUUCCAAGCGCAGUGUCUGGCGGCGGCACUGAGAAAGCUUGGGGUGGAGAAGUGUGUUGUGGUUGGGUUUAGUUAUGGCGGGAUGGUGGCUUUUAAGAUGGCCGAGAUGUAUCCUGAGAUGGUCCAAGCACUGGUUAUCUCAGGAUCCAUCUUGGCCAUGACGGAUUCCAUCAGUGUUACGACGCUGCAAGAGCUCGGAUUCUCUUCAUCGUCCGAGCUCUUGCUGCCUACAUCUGUGAAGGGCCUUAAGGCCCUUCUCUCCGUUGCUGCCCACAAGAAGCUCUGGUUCCCGGAUCGUUUACACAGAGAUUUUCUUGAGGUGAUGUUCUCGAAUAGGAAGGAGCGAGGAGAGUUACUAGAGGGCUUAGUAAUUAGCAACAGAGACAUCACCAUCCCAAACUUUCCACAGAGAAUACAUCUUCUAUGGGGCGAAAAGGAUCAAAUUUUCAAAUUAGAACUCGCGCAGAAUAUGAAAGAGCAACUGGGAGAGAAAAGCACAUUAGAAGGAAUAAAGAAAGCUGGUCACUUAGUUCAUCUAGAGCGCCCAUGUGUUUACAAUAGAUGCCUCAAGAAGUUCAUUGAUUCCAUCUUGGUCUGAUUUACCCUAAGAUUGAGGAGAUGCUUGAUAACAUAAACAAAUUUGUAACUGAUAUUAAAUUAUUGUAUUAUAAUUCUCUAAAUGUUCUAAUGUUAGUUCAUCAUUCUCUUAAAA